AUGCCCGUCUUGUUCCUUCAUCCUCCCUCGCCGCCUCCCUUCCCUUCAGUCCUCGCGGAAGCCGCCGGCAAGACCCGGUCGCAGGCGACAACAGGCGAGGCGAGGGGCAAGGGUGCUAGGGCCAAGGCAGGGGAGGCGAGGGACAAGGCUGUUCCAACCAACAAGCGGGCGGACAGCUCCGGUGCGAGCGGAUCAACUCCGUCUGGAAAGAAACCUGCCCGCUCGCAGCAGGCGGCAGUGCAGGCGGCUGGCAGCAAGCGACAGGGGCAGCAGCAGACGAUGGGCGUGAAGCAGCACAAGUCGUUUGAUGGUCACGUGGCGGCGAACGGAACUCGUGUGGUGGGCGCGCGGAUGAGUGGCGAGCAGAUGGUGGGGUCAGCAGGCAUGGCCAAUGCCACGGGCCGCCUGGAGCUGAAGCUUCCCUCCUGGUUUGGCCCUUCCUCCUCUCCUCACACCAACUCCUUCUCCGCCUUGCCCUCCCCUUCCUCCUGUGCUGACCCUCCUGUGUUGACCCUCUCUCUUCUCUCCUCACCCCCCUUCCCCCUCCCCUUCCUCCCCAGGACGGCCACUGGCAUGGACGUGCACUACUCGCUCUCUCUCGCGCACCUCUCCUCCCCCUCCCCUCCCACCGCCGCCUCCAUCCACACAGGCUCCGCCGCCUCCCCCUCUGCCCUCCUCCUCCUCGCCUUCCCCGCCUCCGCCUGGACCAACACCACCCGCCCCUUCCAUCGCGCCUCCAACGCCACCGCUGCUGCCCCCCCUGCGGCUGCGCGCUUCAGCUACGGCGCCAGGGGCGUGUGGGGCAACGCGUCGUCCCUCUCCGCCGCUCCGGGCGGCUCUGUGGCUGCGGCUGUGAGCACCAUUCUCGCUGCCCCCGCCUCCUUCCACGCUCUCAUCGCCACCUCCGCGUUCCCCCAGGGGGCUGUGCGCGGCCAGAUGGCCAACAUGACCCGCGGGGGGAAGUAG